AGCGCAUGAGAGGAAGUCAUGGCUGUGUUCCUCAGGUCGGCCUUGCGCCUCCGUUCGUGCCUCUUGCCCCUGAGAGGGGGACGCACCAUCGUGGCCACCGUCUCUUCCCCGGCGCCGCUGCCCUCCACACAGGCCGCAGCCUCCCGCGCCGGCAGCAGCAGCAACAGACAUCUGAUCUACCAAGCAAGGCUUUUUACAGUUGCAACGCAAGAGAAGGGAGAUGUUCAAGAGCAACCAGUUUCAGCUAUUCGAAUGAAGCAGGCGAGAGAUUUUGAUUGGGCUUUGCAUAGACUGGAUAGUUCUGUCAGAAGAACGGGCCGCAUUACUGAAACUCUUCUAUUAAAGAUAUUUGAUGAUGUGUGCAGAACAGGUUAUCCUAGUAGUAACCAGGCUCUGUUGCUUUUGAGAAGCUGUGGUUCAUUAUUGCCUGAGCUGCCUCUAGCUGAAAGAACAGAACUUGCCCACACGAUAUGGACCAAGCUGAAAGAUUUGGGUGUGGUUUGCGAUGUAAGCCAUUAUAAUGCUUUGCUGAAAGUCUACCUUCAGAAUGAACAUACAUUUUCUCCAACUGAAUUCUUAAUAAAAAUGGAAGAUGCUCAUGUUCAGCCCAAUCGGGUCACAUACCAGCGACUGAUUGCUGCCUAUUGCAGCAAAGGUGAUAUUGAUGGUGCAAGCAAGAUUCUUGGUUUUAUGAAAAACAAAGAGCUCCCAAUCACAGAAUCUGUAUUCAGCGUACUUGUGACCGGCCAUGCAAGAGCUGGAGAUAUGGAGAAUGCAGAAAAUAUCCUUUCUGUGAUGAGAGACGCUGGAAUUGAACCUGGUCCAGAGACCUACGUUGCAUUAUUGAAUGCAUAUGCUGAGAAAGGUGACAUAAACAAAAUUGAAGAGACCAUGGGAAUUAUUGAAAAGACUGAAAGUUACCUUUUAGACAGGGACUUGUUGGACAUCAUUUUUACCCUUGCUAAGUCUGGAUAUCCUCAGUAUGUGCAAAAUAUGCUGGAGAAGAUGAGAUAUGAUAGAGGAUACAUUCCAGAUGCUAUGAAUCUUUGCCUGCGUUUAAUAACCUGUGGCUUAGAAGACACAGCUUUUCAAGUUCUGAAGAGUUUUCCUGCAUCCGUAGAUUCUCAGAAUGGAAAUGUCUUCGACCGUGGCAACUUCUUCAUACGGCAUUGUGUAAAUAUGGACAAGCCAGUGACAAGAUUGAAACAUUUCUGUGAUGAAAUGAAAGGAGCCAACAUACAUACUGCACCCCUACAGUUGGUUCUACAGUGCGCAUUGGAGUCAAAGAAAGAGGCUCUGGCUAUUGACCUAAUGAAGAUAAUGAAAGAAGAAGGCUUACCUGUCAGAACUCACUAUUUCUGGCCAUUGCUGGUUCGCCACCAGAAAGAAAAAAAUAUUCAAGGUACAAUUGACGUCCUGAAAGCAAUGCAUGAAAUGCAGGUAGAGCCCGAUGUGGAAACAUAUGCAAACUAUGUUUUGACAAAUUUUGAUGAUGUCAGCUCCGCGCGCCAUCUGCUGCAGGAAAGUGGAUGCCCUAUUGGAACUAAUUUCUCUGCAGCAGAAAUCAGACAGGAAGCUGUAAAUGGAGGACUGGAUAAAGUUUUAGCGUUAAUGUCUUCCCCAAAUACGCCAUCUCUGGAUUACACGCAGUUGAAAGGCAGUCUAGUCUAUGGAAUCAAAAGGUCCAACGAUGUAGAUCUUUGGUGCAAAAUAACAGAACUGUUGUACAAGGAUGGACGUUAUUGCCAGACGCCUUCAGGACCAACUGAAGCUGUUGGCUAUUUUCUUUAUAGCUUGAUUGACAGCAUGAGUGACUUAGAGGUACAGGCCAAGGAGGAGCAGUUGAGACAAUACUUCCAUCAGCUGAAGAAGAUGAAUGUAGUAAUCCCUCCUAACAUCUUCAGAGGUAUUCGCAAGCUACUGGACAACCACCACGUUCCCGAAUUAAUUAAGGAUGCGAUUUUAUUGACUGACAGAGAAAAGCUAUCACAAGAAGAAUUAUCAAAAGUGACUAGAUUCCAGGUGUCUGAUUUGGAGGAGCAACUCGAACAACUAAAAGCUGAGAAUCAACCUAUUCGAGAUAUUCUAAGACAGCUUAUACAUGCUCUGUGUACAGAAGAGAAUCUGCAGAAAGCCCUUGAAGUGAAAGCCAAAUACGAACCGGACAUGGUCGUUGGUAGCUAUGUGACCUUAAUACAUUUGUGCUGUCGACAUGAUAAUGCAGAGGAGGCAAUGAACCUGAAAGAAGAACUCUGCCGUAUGGAUUCAUCUUUUGUUCUUGAUACAAGCAAGUACUUCGCCUUGUUGAAAGUUUUGGGGAAAUAUGGUAGAGUGGAAGAUGCUAUUAACGUUUUAAAGGAGAUGAAAGAGAAGAAUGUCCCUAUGAGAGAUGGAAGUGCCACAUCCUUUUUCCACAUCCUUAAUGGUGCAGCCUUCCGAGGUGAAGUUGAAGUGGUGAAUCGGCUGCAUGAAUCCAUUGUGGCCCUGGGUUUAUCAGAGCCUACUGGAAACCUCUGUUCUCCCCUCAUUACAGUUCACUUGGAAAAGAAUGACUUACCAGCAGCUCUGGACGCUGUCGUUGACUGUUUUAAGAAGUUUGACAAACUCCCUAGAUUUCAUGAUCUCUUGUGCAUAUUAAUAGAGAAAGGAAACACCGAACUAUUGCAGAAAGCUAUGGACUUUGUGAGCCAAGAGAGAGGUGAAAUGACGAUGCUGUAUGAUCUCUUCUUUGCCUUCCUGAGUACCGGCAAAUUCAAAGAAGCCAAGAAGAUCAUUGAGACACCUGGCUUAAGAUCUCGACCAAGGCGAUUGCAGUGGUUUGCAGAUAAGUGUAUUGCAAAUAAUCAGGUUGAAGCCCUGGAAAGCAUGGUAGAACUGACUCAAAAGCUGUUUGAAUGUGAUAGAGAUGAGAUGUAUUACUACAUGUUAAAAUUAUGCAAGGAAAACAACGACUGGCAAAAGGCUGAUACCAUUUGGACUAAAAUUCAGGAGGAAAAUAUUAUUCCCCGUGAAAGAACUUUGAGGUUGCUAGCAGAGAUUCUUAAAACCAAUAAUCAGGAAGUUCCAUUUGAUGUACCUGAGACUUGGUAUGAUGAAGCUAUUGAAGAAGGUGUUCAUGAGGUUGUACAUUCUACCCGGUCUUUCUCUUCGGUGUCUCCUGUAGAACAGUCUAAUCUUCAAAACCAACUAUUCAUACUCUGCAAACAGGGCAGAUUUGAAGAGGCAUACAAUAUUUUACUAGAAGCACAAAAGAAGGAUAUUGUACCUCUAUCCUCUGGUUAUGUCCAUCUUAUAAAAGCAUUGCUCAGCAAUGGUUAUCUUGAAAAGGCAGUCAAAGUAAAGAACAUCGCUGAGACCCACAUCAAGGGCUUCGUGCUGAACGAUGCUGCCAGCAGCCUCCUCAUCAUAACGCAAGUUAGGCGGGAUUAUUUGAAAGAUGCAAUGUCUACGCUCAAGACGCAUCUUGAAAAUGGCAGGGCACCCUCUCCACUGGCAGUGACUCGGCUUGUUCAAGCUUUGGCUCAGAAGGGAGACCUGGAGAGCAUAGGCGCAGUGGAGAAGAUGAUGGAAAACCUCCUUAGCUCUAUUAAGUUGUCGCACAUGCUUUUCAUCAAUAACACAGUGUUAGCUCACAUCAAGAAUAAUAACCUUGAUGGUGCCAUCGAAUAUAUUGAGCCCAUGUUUACCCCUGGUGGAGCACUGCAUUCUGAUUCUGGAAGGAGAAGUAUCAGUUUUGUGUAUAGAAAGUUGAUUGAGAACAAACUGGAGCCAGAGUUGGAAAGAUUGAGUGCCAUGGCUGAACGUUUGGCCAACCAGUUUGGAAUCUAUAGGCCUGUCACAGACCUUUUCCUUCAGUAUAUAAACGCCGAAAGAGUGGAUGAUGCCAAGCAUCUUCUAGAGAGAUGCCGUGCAAUAGGUGAACAAAAGAGGGAACUCGUGGCUUUCUUUGUGAAGACAGCCCAGCGGCCAGGACAGGUUCACAAAUUGAAGACAUUGAUGGAUCUAGUUCCUGAUUUCACAGAUAUGUCCUUUUUUUACUCUUACCUCAUGAAAUGCCAUGCAUUGGAUGAGGAUGUGGCUUCGGCCAAAGCCCUAUAUGAUAAAAUGAAAGCUGAGAAAAUGCACCCAGAUGAGAUAUUCCUGAAACGUUUGGCAGAACUCCUGAAGAAAGCGGGAGAGCCCAUUCCUUUCACCGAACCCCCUGAGAGCUUCAGAUUCUAUGUAGAGAAGUUGAGGAACGAAAGACAGGGACAUUCAUCAGAUGAAGAUUAACUUUGUAAGGUGUUCAUUGCGAUUAGUAAUAUUGUGACUGUGAAAAGAAUGUUUUAAAUAAUGUAUUAUUGUCAGAGAGAAAUAAAAUUGAAAAAGGACUCUUCAGUGUAAUAUGACUGACUUAUGUAAAAUUAUGUCUUGAAGCAGUUUGAAAUGGCAUUUUUCUGGAGCAAUUGUAAGCAGGUUGCCGGACCUGCUAACAUGACAAAAUAUAGAUCUGGAUGCAAACAGUAGACACCUUCAUCAACUGCACACAUUUCACCCACGCCAAGCAGUUCCAGUUCUGUGCCAAAAGGACCUUGUAUGUACAGAAUAAAUUCAUGCAAAGUAUAUUGGUAUGCAUUAUUUGCUUCUAAAAUUCAGGGGGGGGGGGAGGUUUUCAACACAAGAUGUGUUGACUAAAAGAAACAAGACAGGAGCAUGGAGAUUUGGGGUAGAUUCCUAUUGUAGGUGCAAGGUGGUAAAUAGCUCUAGCUAUGGGACAGGGUGUUUAUGUCCCCCAAGCCCCUUCUGAUCCUUGGGGGGAAAAUACCUUGUUUCCAGGAUGAUUUCUGAUGGUGAGUUCCCAAAGUUUACCCACGAGAGAUAAUAUGAGCACUGAUAUUCUGCCAAAUUCAGCAUCAGAAAUCACAUUUUAUUCUUCUUUAGCUCCUUCGGAGGUGCAGAAUUCACAGUCCCAGACCAUGUGGGUGUUGACAAAUCAAAUCCUUCAGCCUUAAAAGCUGUAUAUUUUUCCAUGACAACACAUCCCUGAGCAUAUGACUGCUUUUCAGAAAGCCCUUCAUCUUUAUAACCACUGCACUUCUCUACAUUGAAGCUCUCUCUUAUUUUUUCUUUUACUUGUAAAUAAUGGAUAGGAAUUGGGGAAACAGUAAGAGAGAAUGGGUAAUUCAGUUCAAGCCAACAGGUCCUGGCUUUUUCUUUAACAAACCUUUGAACAAUAGAUUAUAUGUUUGAAUGAUCAUCAUUUGCAAGUAUCAUAGCAGUUCUGUGCAAACAAAUAAACUUUAAAAUGUUC